CACCCAUCACAACAUGGUCUCAUUCCAGUGCGACGGAUGCGCGGACACGGUCAAGAAGCCGCAGCUUGACAAGCACCGGCAGCGGUGCUGGGCGAGCUUUACGUGUCUGGACUGCUCGACCACCUUCCAGAACCAGGAGUACAAGAGCCACACGUCCUGCAUCUCCGAGGCGGAGAAGUACCAGGGCAAGCUGUAUCGCGGGCCGAAGGGGUCGACGCAGGCGUCGACGCAGACGUCGGCCGCUGCGUCGCCCGCGCCAGCCUCCGCCCCCGCCGCGUCAGAAGGCGCAUCGAUCCACCCCUCGCGCCUGCGGCAGGUGGAGGCGGACAACUCGGGCUUCGACGCCGAAGGCGGCGGCUACGGGCGCGGCGGGUACGGCGGGCGCGGGCGCGGCUUCCAGCGCGGCCGGGGGCGCGGGGGCUUCACGGCGCCGCGCGCGUUCAAGCCCACAGGCGAGAACCUCGCGCAGCCCGAGACGGGGAUGCGGUCGUGGGGGUCGACGCCGGUGCCGGAGCCGUCGGCGCCCGCCGAGGAGGGGAAGAAGAAGAAGCGUAAGGGCGACAAGGGCGGGACGGGCAGCAAGGCGAACAGUAGUUCGAAACAUGUCGAGGAGCCGGCGAGCAAGAAGCGGAAGCGUGACGGCUCGGCCGCGCCGGAAGUGGCGCCGGCUGCCACGGCAGCGGGUGCGCCGUCAGACAAGGCGCUCAAGAGGAUUCGCAAGCACAUGGGCAAGCUCGAGAAGGAGGAGAGUAUGGCCCUGUCGCAAUGGAUCGACAAGAUUGCGGCGGCCAAGGAGAAGAGUGUGGACCGCGCCGACGUCCUGGCCGGUCUCAAGGUGUCUUUCGUGGACGGCAAGUGGCAGCUGAGCGCAUAGAUAGACAGAGACCCCGAUGCAUGCAAUAGAAC